CUGCGUUGCCAUUUCUAUCCGAUCAUAUUCCUUUACACAUUGAUUAAGAAAUAAUCCAACUGUAGGAACAGGUUUAAUAUACAGGGGUUCAAACAUUUCGGCGCAAGUGCUAGAGUAAACCUGUAUUAUGGGACUGUUUAACAAAUUGAAUUUCAUUUUCUUCUUGUCGUUUUCUUGCAAGCCCAGUAGCGGCCAGUUAAAAAUCCUAAGGCCUGAGAUUAUUAUGGCCUUCAGGCCUGGCUAUUGGGCGCGUCUUAAGAAAAAUAGGUUCACGGGAGCAGACUGAAAACGGCGUCGUACUCUAGUUUCUUCCUUGGAAUAUCAUUUUCCUUAACCCCUAGUCCCCUACAUACAAAACCCAGAGAAAAUUUUGAGAAAAGCUUCCACUUUGAUGGCGUCUGUAUUCUCCAUUAGCUCAAGUAUGCCUCUCAGUGCCCCGAAAUCCUCGGUCAAGGAAUUUCAAUUAAGGAAAGUUCAAGUAGCUCUUGCUAGACUUUCAAGCAAACCUACAGCUGGAACCGCAACCAACCACGUCCUUCUUCUUGCAUCCUUUGGCUCGUAUAGAGAUUUUUCUUCUGUGGGGCGCUGUCAUGGAUAUUUAACUCCCACAGACCAUUUUGGUGAACUUGUUUCUUGUUGUAUGAAUGUAAGUUUGUAUAAUCACAAAGUUAUAAGUGGUUAUUGGGUAGGACCUGAUAUUGAUGAUGGUUGGGGAUUCGUGGAGGCUUUUGUUAAUCAAAUUACUUGAUUUCUUUUUAUGAAUUUUCUUCUGAAUGGUUUGCAUCA